UCUGAAAUACAAGACUCUCCAUCAGACAUAAGAUCCCAUAGUCGCCUCCACUGAUACGCCACCGCCUUCGCUUAGCCUCGCGACCUGGCACCUUGUGUGGUCCCUCGUCCCUGCGUCGGCCAUUGGGGUAAACAUCGCCUGGCAUAGUGACUCAACUUCGAUUACAGCGCCAUUGAAUUAUAUUCGGAGCUGGCGGGGAAGAGAGUUUUGCUUUUGUGAAGCUCCGUUAUGUGAUAUUAUCCUCGCCUUCGCCCAAAAUGCCUCCAGUCAUCUUGGGGGAUCUCAGUUUCACCGCCGGCACUCAGGUCCGGACAUCAUACAUUGCCCUCUCCAACCUCAAGCACAAAACCACCAAGCGACCACUGAGAGCGGCAUUCUCCACAUCUAAGAAAGCAUCAGAACCUCCUUUUGAUAGGAACGACUUUCAGGGGCAACCGUUCACUGGAGUCUAUGAGCCUGGGGGUCCUACAAGGGGUCCGCUGGGCCAAGCAUCCAGCCAUGGGGCACCUCGAAUCACACCUCGGCGAUUGAAGGAACACCUGGAUAAAUAUGUUAUUGGGCAAGAGAGGGCGAAGAAGAUGCUGUCCGUAGCCGUGUAUAACCAUUAUCAGCGAGUGCAUGAGCUUCAACGGCAAGAGGAAGAGGAGCAAUUCAGGCUGGAUCGUGAGGCUAGGAAGAGGAGUGUUCGAGAACACGAAGUUUACCAUUCUGAUGAUAUAUUUCUUCCUGCGAAGAGAACCAUACAGUUCAGCCCAGCACCGGAAGAGGAGCCUGUUCCUAAAGUAGCACGCCGAAUUUCUUCUCUAAAGAAUGAACCCGUACGAACCGAAUUUAUACGAAAUGAACCUCCCCCUCUCCACGAUCCCCUUGCCGACCGCCUAGGAAUUACAAUAGAGAAAUCGAACGUCAUGGUUAUUGGACCCACAGGGGUGGGAAAGACUCACAUCUUGAAGACUCUGGCUCGGGCCCUCGAAGUCCCGUUCAGCAUGUCUGACUGCACACCCUUCACACAAGCCGGUUACAUAGGCGAAGAUGCGGAUGUCUGUGUGCAGAGGCUCCUUGCGGCUGCAGACUACGAUGUUGCUCGAGCAGAACAUGGAAUAAUAUGCCUGGACGAGGUCGACAAGCUGGCCGUGUCUCGAUCAAUGAACGGCCGGGACGUCGGUGGCGAGGGUGUACAACAAGCGUUGCUGAAAAUAGUUGAAGGCACAACACUCACUAUAACCGCAAAACAUGAUCAGAAGAGUAACCGCGUUCCUGGCGGGGGUGCAGCGAACGUCAAUUUCACCGCCAAUCCAGCGCAGCCAACAGGCAACGGCCAGAAGCCGGAAAGCUACACCAUCAACACCGACAAUAUCCUGUUCAUCUUUACCGGUGCCUUUGUUGGCCUCCAAAAGAUGAUUAUGAACCGCCUUUCCAAAGGCUCACUCGGUUUUGGGGCAUCUGUCUGGGAUACCCCCUCCUCGCCACAUCAGAUGACGAUGAACCCAGAAGACGCACGCACGUACUUCAAGAACCUCCCCUUCUACACCGAUAUCCCCACCGCCUCGUCCGCGGCUGGCACCGCGACAGCCGCCGCCACAACAGUCCCCGAGCAAACCUACAACCCCCUCGACCUCGCCACCCCACAGGACCUCCAAACCUUCGGCCUAAUCCCCGAAUUCCUCGGCCGCAUACCGGUUACCGUCGCACUCGCCCCGCUCUCCCUCCCCAACCUCGUCAGCAUCCUCACCGAGCCCCGCGACGCCAUCACCGCGCAGUACACCGCCAUGUUUGCCACCUUCGGCGCGGAGCUGCGGUUUACCACCGCCGCUCUAUACGCCAUCGCGCAGACGGGUCUCGAGCUCGGGACUGGAGCACGUGGAUUGCGUACUGCGGUCGAGAUGCUGCUCGGGGAGGCGAUGUACGAGGUCCCUGGGAGCUCGAUACGGUAUGUGCUUGUUGAUGCGAGGGCGGCGAGGAGGGAGGGGAGGGUUGGGUAUUGGAGUCGUGGGAAAGGGGGGGAGUUUGUGCGGGCGUGGGAGAUGGAGGAGAAGGAGUGGGCGGAGAAGGAGAAGGGGGGGAAGGGGGUGGAGGACUCGAGUGUGAGUUUUGAGGCGUUGAGGGAGAGUGCUGAGAGUGGGAUGUGA